AUGUCCACCACGCAACCCUCUGCUUCCGCGUCGACUACGGCGGCGGCUCCGAAUCUUCGCAAGCGCCGCUUUCCCUAUACCCAGGUUGCAUGCGACGAGUGCCAACGACGCAAGCGAAAAUGCUCUGGCGAACGGCCCUGCAAGGGCUGCCGAGACAGCAACGCCACUUGUCUCUUUGAACGCAACACGCGAUUCAGGUCGGGAAGCAGGCGACAGAGCAAUGAGGGCCACAAAGUUCCUCUGCCCAAAGGCCGGCUCGCGAGCCGCUCCAGCGAUGCAGCCCGGACCACGCCCGCUGCCCCAGGCACCUCCGAGUACUACCUGAAGCUCGCUGGAAAGUUCCUGGCCUCGUCAAGACCCCAACUGGACCAUCUGGCAGAACCCGCUGUCGAGACCACCGGCGUCGACGUCCGCUCUCUCCAGCGCCUCACCGAUCACCGUCGCGCGGGCGACCCAGCCGACAUUCUUGGCCUGCUCAGCGAGAUGCAAUGGGCCGGCAUCUUGCAGAGCUACCAGGAAGAAUGCGGUCUUCAGUACCCAUGCCUGGACCUCGAGGAGCUGAACCACGAAAUACGAGCGGCGAACCGCAGCAUACCCGGGCCCAACCAUCCGCUUGGUGGCCGCAGCAGGUCCGACGCUGCCAUGCAUAGGCAACAGCUUGGAGACAUUGCCCUGUUGGUCUGCGCCAUCGUUUCCAUUCUUGCCGACCCCAAAGCCAUUGACGUCGCCGACGCGACCGUCGAUGAGAUUCACGCCGCCGCCCUAGUCAAGACGCAUCUGAGCAGCAUUGACCUGGACGACCUAACUCUGUUGGUCUUGACUAGCAUAUACUUCUUCCUCAGCGACAGAGAGCAGCAAGCCUGGCGGGCGAUUGGCAUGGUCAUGAGGUUGCUCCAGGAGUUGGGCUACCACACCUCCAGAAGCUCCGGUGCGGGGGGCGAGCAGCUCAAAGACCGAGGCGAGAGGCUCUUUUGGACCGUCUACACACUCGACCAUCGGUGGAGUUUUGGCACGGGAUUACCCUUUGGUAUCCAAGAUUCUGACAUUGACCAUAACCCGACGUUUGCCGACAACUCCAUAUCGUCGGCGUACGUGAAGCACAUGGUGGCGUAUUGCCGCAUCGCCUCGGACGUCCGCAAGUCGAUCCAGGAGCAAUCGGCGUCCACCCAGGGCAUCCAAGAUUCGACGCGAGACUUCCUCGACUUUCGCGUCAUCGAGUGGCGCCGAAACCUCCCCGCACGACUUCAGUUCCAGGGUCCCGAGGACAAGUUCAGCCCCAGCGAGGAGAACCGCGGCCACUAUCGCAUACGGUUGACCCUGUAUCUCCGAGGCAACCAGAUGAGGACGAUUAUCCACAGGAAAUCGUCGGUGCGCCCGGGUACAAGCAGCCUGGACCCGUCCAAUGCAAACAUCAUGGCUCAGGUGGCCCAGGACACGAUCCGCGUACUCGUCGGCCUGGCUCGCGACACGGACAUUUACCGCGCUCAGCACAGAACCUUUAACCACUUUCUGCAGACGGCACUAUCGUCGCUCCUGCUGGCCAUGUGCUGCACCGGCGACGUCGACAUGAACACCUGCCUGCGAGACGCGCACGAUGCCAUGGACCUGGUGAAGCGGCUGUCGACCGAAUCCCCCAUCACGAGGCGGCUGCUGGACAAAUUGCAAUACGUGCAGGAUACGCUGAGCAAUCUCAGGCCCCCCCCUUCCGAGGGCGUGCGGCGAAAGAGCCCAAAGCCGACGCGCCAGGCAAAAUCGAGACGCGCGCGGCCAUCGACGUAUCCUGACGCUGCAGACGCCCUGGUGAACUUGCGCGACCAGCACGUUGCGGCGCCGCCGCCGCCCCAGGCUGCAGUGCCGAUGGCAGAUAUUACGUCUCCGACCGACGUAAUGCCGAGCCCGUCGAUGCCGCGGGCAUCGUUCGGGGGCGACUCCUUUGCGGGCGUCUCCCCGUAUGCGCCGACGCCGUCGACAUCGUCCGACUCCUUCCCUUCCGGCCAACCCAACUUUCCACUAGGCCUUCCCCAAGGCCUCGACUUUCCUGAUGCAACGCAAUAUGCGUCCGGGUAUCUGACGCUCAUGCGGUUCCCGGAGCUGGGCGAAAUUUUGAACGAUUACGAGAACAACUUUACAUUUUAG